AUGGGGGCCCCGCUCGCGGUGGCGCUAGGCGCCCUCCACUACCUGGCACUUUUCCUGCAACUCGGCGGCGCCACGCGGCCCGCGGGCCACGCGCCCUGGGACAACCACGUCUCCGGCCAUGCCCUGUUCACAGAGAUGCCCCACGACAUGACAGCGCGGACGGGUGAGGACGUGGAGAUGGCCUGCUCCUUCCGGGGCAGCGGCUCCCCCUCCUACUCAUUGGAGAUCCAGUGGUGGUACGUGCGCAGCCACAGGGACUGGACUGACAAGCAGGCAUGGGCUUCGAACCAGCUAAAAGCAUCUCAGCAGGAAGACGCAGGGAAGGACGCGACCAAAAUAAGUGUGGUCAAGGUGGUGGGCAGCAACAUCUCCCACAAGCUACGCCUGUCCCGGGUUAAGCCCACAGACGAGGGUACCUAUGAGUGCCGUGUCAUCGACUUCAGUGACGGCAAGGCCCGACACCACAAGGUCAAGGCCUACCUGCGGGUGCAGCCAGGCGAGAACUCCGUCCUGCACCUGCCUGAAGCCCCACCUGCUGCACCAGCCCCACCGCCCCCCAAGCCAGGCAAGGAGCUGCGGAAGCGCUCGGUGGAUGAGGAGGCCUGCAGCCUCUAG